AUGUUAAGCUUUGCAUCUCGCGGGAUCGCAGAAGCGGCCUGGCCGUCGGGUCGGUUGCGCAACUCCAUUGCUGCAAGUCUGCGCGGGGCCCGCUUCUCCACGCUCAAAGCGACCUCCCCGAGUAGCGAAAGCGGGGCAGAGAGCGGGCGCCCGCCAUGGGUUUGGCGCAAGUUGCAAGGCUGGUUUGGGUUUGAGGUACCUUUGUCGAGCCCUCUGGCCGGUGUGCCGGCACCCGAGGCCGCCACAGCAACUCCACGACCCAGCGGAUGUCGCGUGUCGUUCCUGGACAAUGGCGUGCGGGUGGUGACGCCUGUGAACGCCUCGCCCAAGGCGCACUCGGCAAACGAUCUGGUGACGUCGUUCGGCGUUUAUUUUAAUGCUGGAUCUCGGUACGAGGAUCUUUUCACCGCUGGGAGUACGCACGCACUAGAGACACUGGCGUUCCGUUCGGCAACGCUCGAGCGCUCCCGUUUUCGACUUGCGCAGGAUAUUGAACGCACCGGAGGUUCUGUUGGCUGUGCAGCGGCACGCGAGUCUAUUGCUUUUACUGGGGAGUGCUUACGAGACGCCGCUCCUGAGCUCAUAAACCUUGUCUGUGAGGCGGCAGUGCGUCCGCAGCUCAUGGCGUACGGGGAGGUUUCCGCCGCCCUCGAUGAUGGCAUCCGAGCGGAGUUGCAGGACGCGCUCAAAGUGAUCGAAUACGAACAGGAACACGCGAUGGGCAAGGACACGCAAUUACAAUUGGUGGAAGCGCUCCACGCGACUGCCUAUCAGGGCAACACACUAGGCCUACCGCUUUUCAUGAACGAAAAAAGGCGAAAGAAAUUGACUCCAGAAGUUGUCAAACGUUUUCUCAGCGAGCGAUUACAGAAUCCAGGCAAUAUUGUGGUUGCAGCGGUCGGUAUUGGCCACGAGCAGCUGCUGCGCGUUGCCGAGAGAGCCCUGGGCUGGUUGCCACGUCCACCCGCGGACAAGGCCGUGGUGGAUAUGGCGUCGCAUUACACUGGGGGUGAAGCGCGCCUUGACGGCGACGGACUUGCCCAGAUCGCCGUUGCCUGUGAGGCGGUCUCGUGGUCGGAUCCCGACCUCAUUCCGGUGGCGGUGCUGAACACCCUCUUGGGAGGCGGCGGGUCCUUUUCAGCUGGCGGACCUGGUAAGGGCAUGUACUCGCGACUUUAUACGGGUAUCCUGAAUCGGCAUCCCUGGGUGCAGUCAUGCACUGGUUUCAAUCACUGCUAUACCGAUUCGGGUCUGUUUGGGAUCCACGCGAGUGCGGAGUCUGGCCGCCUGCCGGAGUUGGCGGAAAUCAUCUGUGAAGAGAUUGCCAAGAUGGGGCAGGUCACGCGUGCGGAACUGGUGCGAGCCAAGAAUCAAACCAAAGCUUCAGUUUUUAUGAAUCUCGAGAGUAACACCGUGGUGUGCGAGGACCUCGGACGGCAAAUUCUCACCGCGGGCCAGUACAUAGAACCAGCUACUUUGUACGCUGCGAUCGAAAAAGUCACAGAGAAGGACAUUUUCCGCGUAGCAACGAGGAUGUUGCGCUCACGCCCGACCGUGGUUCUGUACGGAGAGAUGUAUGGUGUACCGACGUACGAGCAGAUAUCCGAGGCUGCUGGCAUGAAAGCGCUCCAGAGUGGGGCUGCGUAA